AUGAUAGCAGAACAUAUUCCCCAGCCUUCCUUACUUCAAGGCACGCUGUUAGUCCUUGUUGUCUCUGUUGUCACCCGAAUCGUGUGCCUCGAGAUCAAGCAUCGUGCGUUGAGUGACAUUCCAGGCCCAUGGGUUGCUAGAUACACCAACGCAUGGCGGUGUUACUUGGCUUGGGUCUACAGCGACCGCCCAGGAGGUAUCACAUACCACGAGGUCAUUCACAAAAAGUACGGGGAUGUAGUGCGUGUAGGACCGAAAACUGUCUUCAUCAAUGAUCCCGCUGGCAUUCCUGUUGUGCUAGGAUUCAAAGAUAGACUUGAAAAAACGGAUUCUGUCAAUGCAUUCAUGCAACCCGGAAAACCAACAUCCAUCGUGGGCAUUCGGAAUGAGCAGAAACAUGCUUCGUACCGUCGCCCAAUUCAGGGAGCUUAUUCAUUGUCCAGUCUGAAGCUAUACGAACCAGCCAUUGAUGAUAUGAUCAACAAAUUGACGAGCAUAUUUGACGAAAAAUGCCGAAGCAAGACCGUCAUCAAUGUUACCCAAUGGUGCCAUUUUUUUUCAUACGAUACAAUCAUGAACAUUACUUUCGGUGCUCCAUUAGGUUUCCUCGAUAAUGCCAAGGACAUGUAUGGUUUGAUUGCAAAUCAAGUGAAACAUGUCGCCUAUGUUCGAGUGCUUACUCAAUGGCCAGGGCUGGACUAUGUUAUACGAACAAACCCUAUCGUUGUGGCAUUUAAGAAACACAAAGAAUCACCAUUUUUUCGUUUCGCUGUGCAACGUAUCCGACAAGAGGUCGAAAAGCCCACAGCAGAUGAGGUCCCCAAAAGAACGCUUUUACAACAUUUCGUGGAUGCGAAAUCUAGGUAUCCAGACAUCGUUGAUGAUACUCAAAUUCGUCUGUACUGUGCCACCAACUCCUUAGCUGGAUCUCUCAGCCCGUCACGCGUGCUUGACUGUGUGUUGUCUUGGUUAGCACAGCAUCCGGGGGAACAAGAUCGUCUUUAUGAGGAGAUCGUGAAAAAUACCAGGGAGUUUCCAGUCUCACUAGAGGACACUGUAAACAUGCCAUAUCUGGGGGGAGUUAUCCGCGAAGGAUACCGACUACAUCAUGGAGGAGACAUUGCUAUUGAACGCAAAGUAGGACCCAGUGGAGCUACUCUCCCAGAUGGGCGUUUUAUUCCCGCAUACUACGACAUAGCCAUGAGCAGUCCGUCUAUCCGUGUUUGUUCAGCCUUUGGCGAAGAGCCUCAUGUAUUCAAACCAGAAAGAUGGAUGAGAGCUAAAGGAGAGAGUGACGAUGACUGGAAGGCUCGCCGAACAUACAUGGAUAAGGCUGAUUUAACAUUCAGUCAAGGAUCAAGAGCUUGCAUUGGGAAAAGUUUUACUCACCUAGAGCUUUUCAAAGUUGUCGCAUCGGUAAUGGGCCAAUUCAAGCUCGAACUCGCUGGAACACCGAAGCGAUUCGUAGUACCUGUUCAGCUUGUUCGACGCUCUGAUUCAGUUAACUAUUCAGGGUCAAAUGAUGUCUAUCCUGGCGACCGGACUGUAGCCGCAGCAUCUCGUCUUCGUGCUCAACAUAAUGUAUCAAAAGCAGCACUCGGCGGGCUUGUAUUUGCUCCACUUAAUUUCAAUCAACCUAACGUCCGAGUACUAGACUGUGGAACUGCGGAUGGCUAUUGGCUAUACGACUUAUCGAAACAACUCGAUCCUUCGGCUGCACUCAUUGGAACAGACAUUGGUUCAUUUCCAUUGGACUCUUUCCCGAAACCGAGGAAUAUGACAUUGUCCAUACACUCUUAUAAGGAUCCAUGGCCAGCCUCUUGGCAAAACUCGUUUGACUUGGUGCAUAUGCGGUUCUGUGUAGCGGGGCUAAAAGAUCCUAACGAGGCACGUAUAGCCAUUGACAGACUGAUUUGCCUUGUCAAACCCGGUGGAUGGAUUCAACUAGUCGACAGUACUUUAUCAUCGGGCAGGAUUCUCGACAAUGACAAACCCAGCACAAUUCUUUUCAAAUCCAUGGCCCGCAUGCUUGAGAGCAAAGGUCAGGAUACAGGUGCUGGGUUACGAAUCAGACCACUUCUGGAAGGCUCUGACAGGCUAUCGCAUAUUGAUAGUAAAGAAGUCGUUGCAAAAUUAGGCAAGGGUGCUGAAUCUGAGCAGCUUAGGAAAGAUGGUGUAUACAAUCUGAUGAAAAUGAUUGACACAUUGAAACCUAAACUAGAAGGUCUAGUGGACUGGCCUGUGACCCCGGCAAAACUUGAGGAGUUAAGAUCACAAAUCGUGGAGGAGGCAAAUAGCACCGGAGCUGACAAGGCGUAUUACGCCGCUUGGGGAAAAAGGAUCACCUAG